GGCAAGGCAUCUUGGGAAACUUCUCGCGGGCGUCACCCACCCUACAAAAGGGAGCAGAGUAGCGGACACGGCUUGGGCGCUCGGGCUAGCUGUACACACACACAAACAAACCUCACUCACUGCCUGUGCCUGCAAGGGAGCAGCUCAUCAGCUCAGACCUUGCAGCACAGCUUGCAAGCAAGAGGCGCCCUAUAUAUUCACGCACCCUUCUUCCAGCUCCGGCUACCAUUCAAAGCUCGUCCCAACCACCUAGCUCCUGGCACGUUGUGAGUGUGAGUGGCCAAAUUUCAAGAAGAGGACAGGCUGUUCGUUUCAUACUUUCAUCCUUGGAGGGAGAGGCCGGCCGGCCUUGUUGACGGUGAUAGGAUUCGAUCACACAGCUCGGUUUCAGAGAGCUUUCAGCAGGCGCCAUGGGAGGCACCCUGGAGUACUUGUCCGACCUGCUCGGCGGUGGCGGCGGCAGCCGGCGGCGGUACAAGAAGAGGAAGCAGUUCCAGACGGUGGAGCUGAGGGUGCGCAUGGACUGUGACGGCUGCGAGAUGAAAGUCAGGAACGCCCUCUCCAGCAUGAAAGGGGUGCAGUCGGUGGAGAUCAACCGGAAGCAGUACAAGGUGACGGUGCAGGGGUACGUGGAGCCGCACAAGGUGGUGAAGCGCGUGCAGGCCACGGGGAAGAAGGCCGAGAUCUGGCCGUACGUGCCCUACAGCCACGUCGCCCACCCCUACGCCGCGCCGGCCUACGACAAGAAGGCGCCGCCGGGGUACGUGCGCCGGGUCGACGCCGUCAUGCCCGUCUCCAGCUACGGCGGCCCCACGGCGGCCGGACCGCAGGAGGAGCGGCUUGUCACCAUGUUCAGCGACGACAACCCCAACGCCUGCUCCAUCAUGUGAUCAUCAGAUCAUCAGCUAGCUAGUAGCUUGCUAGGAACCUGUGGAUGUGAAAAUUAAUGUGCUGCGAUCAAUGAUAGAUGUUCGUGUUCAUGGUGGUGAGCGGUGACACACAUGUAUGCACGCGUACAUAUAUAUCAUGUUUGUGUAAAUUUAAUAUAUAGAAGUUUGAGAAGAUGGCAGGGGAGAUGGGGAAAUUUUUUUCCAA